GCCCGCCCCGCGCGCCGCCGAGGUGCUGCUGUGGGCCCCGCUGCAGCCCCGAGGGCAGGCACCGGCGCCCGCCGGCGCGCCCCACCAGCGGCCGGACACAGGCGAGUGCACCCCGGCGGGCUCGCGGCCGCUGCUGUGGGAGGCGGAGCGCGGGGGCCGGCAGGCCUUCGUCGCCGGCGUCCUCGACCUCGGGGGGGGCGCGCCCGAGAUCCCGCCGGCGGUGAAGGAAGCGCUCGGCUGCGCGGGCGUGGCGGCCUUCGAGGAGGCGUGCUCUGCAGCGGAUGGCCUCAUGGCGAACUACUCCGUGCACUGCCGCUCCUACGCGGGCAUAGAGGACGGCGGCUCCGUCGCGGCCAGGCUGCCGCCGAGCACCCUGAAGGCGCUGAAGGCGUCGCUCGACGGCUUCCUCGCCCGCGGGCUGCCCCAGCUGCGGCCGCACUGCGCCGCGGCGCUCGCGGCCGCCCUGCGCGGCCCCGUCGACGCCCUCGGGAGCGUCACCGGGGGCAUCACGCUCCGCGCGUUGCUGGAGGAGUUGCUGCGCGCCCUCGGCCCGGGCGGGUGCG